AUGGGUGGCAGAGUGAAUUUGAAGUCAGUUAUACACAGAUGUGUUCAGUGCCGAAAGACGACUGCACCUACACUUCAACAAAAGAUGUCCGAUCUACCAGCAGAUCGGGUGAAGUCAGCACUACCCCCAUUUACAAAUGUUGGAGUAGAUUGCUUCGGCCCGAUCUAUGUGAGACAGGGUCGGUCAAGUGUCAAAAGAUACGGCAUAAUCUUCACCUGCUUAAAUAUCAGAGCAGUCCAUCUAGAAGUCUCAAGCUCUCUCGACACAACAUCAUUCAUCAACGCAUUGAGAAGGUUCAUUGCAAGACGUGAAAUGCCAUCAGAGAUUCGCUCCGAUAACGGUGGAAAUUUCGUUAAGGGAAAUAAAGAGCUGCGAGCUGCAAUUGAAGGUUGGAACCAGGAGCAAAUCCACCAACAUCUUCUACAAAGACAUAUUGUGUGGUGCUUUAAUCCACCAACUGCCUCCCACUACGGAGGAGCCUGGGAAAGAUGCAUAAGAACGGUGAGAAAGGUUCUGGCUGCGUUGACUACCGAACAAAUUCUCAAGGACGAAGGUUUACGAACACUAUUUGUGAGGUUGAAAACAUCAUCAACAGCAGACCUCUCACAAAAAUAUCAGAUGACCCAACUGAUAAGGAGCCUUUAA